AUGAAAUUUGAGAAUUUAAAGCCAUUAGUAAAACUAGAUGGGACUCAUGCUGAGGAAGAACUCUUUAAUUCCAAGAUUUCCAGUAUAAAGAGUCAAAUAUGCAGGAGCUCGGAUGAAGUACGAUCGAAUACUGAGAAAAGCUGCCUCAAUCAAAUAGGACCUGAGCGUUCGAACUCACGAGUACAUGGCGACAUUCAGUGUAACGUAUUAACAUCGAAUGAAUCGAAAGUUAGAUCGCACGGUGCCCAUACGUUAACUAAGGCUGUAGAAACAUGCCGAAAUAUUACUAGACAACCAGGUGUUCACUCUGUUAAUUCUUUGGAAGCAGCUGGGUUUCGUUAUACAUAUGUUGGUGAUGCAGCUCGAUGUAAUGAUUGUCAAUUAGAAGUGACUCGUUGGACGUCGGAUAUGGAUCCAUUUUCAGUUCAUGCGCAGCGUAGUCCAAAUUGCACAUUUGUGAAAUCAGUAAAACCAUUGACUGGAGACUUUUUCUUAUCUCCGUCACAUAUAUCGACAACUAAUAGUAUUGAUUUACCAACUAUUGAUGCCAGUGAUAAUGAUGAGCCCUCUAAACGUCAAAAACUAGAAGUAACCAACGAAAGUAUUCAGACGCCUCUUUUUAUCGAAGUAGAAAUGAUGAAACAAUUACGUCGUCAGACAUUCUCGCAUUGGCCACAUCGAACUUCACCAUCUCAAACACAAAUGAUUCAAGCUGGCUUUUUCAAUUGCAAUGUUGGCGAUCGGGUAAUUUGUAUCUAUUGUAACCUUAUUUGUCAACAAUGGACGCCACAUACAGACGAUCCAUGUGAAGUGCAUAAAAUACUUUCGCCUAAAUGUCCUUUCGUGGUCAGUAUGUUAGUGCGUCGUGAGGCUACACCUGUAUCAAUCAUUAAUCUGAGUUCCGUGACCAACGGAACAUCAGCUGGUGCUGGUGUUCCCGAUGCAUUUCGUUCUCAUGAAAUGGUGCUUGCCGCCGCUUGCAACUCAUAUUAUAUAGAAAUUCCAAAACGCCAUCAAUCAUUUACUACAUGGCCCAAUGAACUACUUCCAUCUGUUGAUGACCUCGUUCGCGCCGGAUUCUUUUAUACUGGUAAUGGAACGAUAGUUACAUGUUUCUACUGCAAUGGUUCGUUGCAAAAUUGGGGUGCGAACGAUAAUCCUACGAUUGAGCAUGCUCGGUGGUUCCCGCAUUGUGGAUACGCAAAACAACUUUGUGGAGAUGAUCUAUAUCGAAAAAUUCAGGAAUCAAAACGAAAUGCACAAGAACGUGCUAAACCCAACGAACCAACCAACAAUGUUACUAGUAAUGCCCAAAAAUUGAUAAUAUCGGAUGAAAGUACAUUGUCGCGUUUUGUGGCUGCUCGUCUAGAUUUACCUGUAUCGCAAAAGUUGCUUAACCAAAACUUCAAAUUAUCAAUCAUUAAACGUUGUUGGGAAGAUCAACUCCGCUUGAAAUGUAUGUAA